CCAUUUGCUGAUCAGUUCAUGCGCACGAUGGCUGGGACGCGGUUCGUUGUACUAACUCAUUGCGUUGCUUCUUUGUUUUUGUUAACUGUAGCAAAUGGAGCUAUAAUACGUCUAAAUUGUGAUACUGUUGAUGACAAGUGUUUGUUAAAGAAUGUCUUCGCGUCCGAGGAUGAUCGCUUCAAAGAAAUUCGCAACGAGAGAUACCAGAGCAUCAUCGAGUUCUUCGACUGUCACAUCCACACUUUACCACCAAUACCCUAUAUUAACAAAGUGAAAGCAAAUGCGAUCAAUCUUGUUCGAAUCGAGGAAAACACCUUCAGCACCAUACAUCGUUUGGACGUUUCCUACAACAGACUGCGUGAAGUUUCAACAAAAGCUUUUGAAUAUCCAGAAGAACUUUUAGAGUUGAAUCUAAAUGGCAAUCCAACACUCAAAGAUUUUGCUUUUCUAUCAAAGCUUACUGGUCUGAGAAGUCUUGAUAUGGCUGACAUGAAGCUGGAGCUGGAACUCUUGGAUAUCAACACAUUUGCUGGCAUGUCGGAGCUAUCUACACUUAAUAUGAGCGAUAAUAGAAUUACCUCGAUACCGGUAGGAAUGUUUUCUCCACUCGUCGGAUUAACUGAUUUAGAUCUAAGCAGAAACUCUAUCACAAAAAUUGCAUCCGGAACGUUUGCAAUCGCUACAACGCACAGCUACCUACGUGAUGGAAUAUACCACCAAGCGCUUAAUUUUGAUCUGUCAACAAACAACAUAAGCAUCAUCGAGAACAACGCCUUUUUGCACGCCUCUAAGGUCAACCUGCGAAACAAUAAGCUAAUCGGAAUCGGCCAGUACGCAUUCGACAAUCAAACAGCCCUAGAGCAUUUGGAUCUUUCCGGUAACGAUCAGCUGAAAAACUUUGACUUCCUACACAACCUUCGUGCCCUGCACUAUCUCGAUAUGUCGCACAUGAAUUUCUCCUUCGACGGUGUUCCACGUAAUAUCUUCGAUGAUCUCGAUUCACUGACAACGCUCGAUCUGUCAAACAAUCGAAUACUCGAAAUUCCAAUCGGAAUCUUUGCCGAGCUACAAUCGCUUAACUUUAUCAACCUGCGACACAAUAGCAUCUCGCACAUCGAGUUCGGUACAUUCUCUAUGCGCAAAUAUGAUCUAAUAGACGAGAUUGAUCUCUCAUACAACAAUAUCAAAGAGUUAAACUUCCUAGUCUUCGUGCCGCUCAAGUACCUCAAGACUCUGCUUUUACAUGGAAAUAAAAUAUCGUAUGUUAAUGCCAAGCAGCUGACUCGCAACAAAAGCCUCUAUAAUUUUGGCAUUCAAAAUAGCAAUGUGCGCUGUUACGACCUAAUAGACCUGCUCGGAUCGCUAAAGCUUGUACUUGAACCAAAUGAAUUUAUUUCACACCUACCAAAUGUAGACGGAAUUAGAUGCCAACCAUAAGCAUGGUAACAAUGUUUCUUCAACUCGAUUGUACAAUAAACAUGGCUUUAAGUGUAAUGUUACAUCAAUCGAACUCAUCAUAAUACAAACAAGCAGGAGGCCAAGGAGAUGUAUAUCUUUCUAUGAUUAUUGUAAAAUGUUAGCUGAAAGUGUGUUUUCGCUUUAGUCAUCGCGAGUAAGAAUACAAAGAGUCGUAGUUUAUCUUUGGAAACAUUUGGAUUUCUUUUCACCUAAAUACCCUUUAAACUGUUAAUUCAUUCAAUGUCAUAUCAUUUUGUUUCAGUAAUCAGUCCAAAAAAUAUAGUACUAACUUUGUAUAAAUAUGUAAGAAUUCCAUCAGAAAUUAUUAUUUCUACAAACUGUUUUUUUUAAUGAUAUACACUCUAGAAAUGCUCGUGAAACCACCUUUAUUUAAAAUAACAGAAUGAUACUUAAUUAUACUUAAAUUUCAAACAUACACCACUCUCCGAAUCCAAAUGAUUUUCCAUCGUACCAAUUUGAUAUCACAUCAAGUCGUCCACAUCUGCAAAUAGCUAACUCAAACAACAUUCAUUAGAUUUGAAUUCUGCGUUCGAAUUACCACUUUGUAGAUGCCUGGUUACGCCAUUUGGACAUUUACAUAAUUCGAUUCACUGUUUCAAAAUCGAUGCAAAUACCCCAUGCGCACCAGAACGGAAAUCGCGACCCAUCGGAUCGAUUCCGCUAGUGUCCCAAAUUGCUAGUGUCCCACUCCACGUUCCGUCGUCGUUCCAUUCGGAAAGGGGUGUUAGUAAAUGGCAAAAAGCUUUACCCAAUAAAGGUAACAGCGAAAAAACUUACACCAGAAACAACCAAAUGCUCUCGAUGGAUCACGAACUAUAUGUAUGGGUGUGACCUUUUUUAUGGUCAGUAUGUGGCGCCAACGGUUCUACUGUAGCUCUUCAUGAAUUUUCUGUCGUUAGUCACCCACGAGUAAGGGUAUUAAAAGUAAAUUCUUCCACUCUGCUGUUCUGUAACAAAAUCAAACUCGUCCCGCGUGGUUCGGUUGAACCGAUCUAGUGCUACAAUCCAUGCACUCAUGCCCAUACAUUGGAGCUCUGGAUCUGUCCUGUAGCAUCUCACCACAAGCAACGGACAAAUGGAAGGAAAAAGGGAAGGUAGCAGCUCUAAAUCCCCCACCACAAAGAGCCUGCGCGGGUGCGAAUUGGCGUGUGAAUAGCUCGCAAGUUGAGCGCGAGUGUUGAAUUUUAAUUAAUUUCCAAAUAAAUUACUUUAAUCGA